AUGUCGAAAAAUGCUUUUCUGCUUCAUGAACCUCUCAUUCUUAAACCAGAUGCAAAACAAGGGAARAUCAUCCUACGGAACGAAAAUGACGCUAACCCCUGUGAAGGACAUGUGGAGGUUUAUUACGACAACGAAAUAGGCUACGUUGGAGAUAAAAAUUGGAACAAAAUAACUGAUGAAGUGGUGUGCAGAACCACUCACUGUGGACGACCAGUGAGAAACUCAAGCGUGUACAGGUCCUACAGCAGCCCAGUCUGGCUGAAUGAACUGGAUUGCAAAGGGAACGAAASAAGUCUGUGGGACUGUGACGGUUGGCCCGGUCCAAACAUCAGCUUUUACAGAAAGCCCACGGUGAAAAAGGUCACAUGUUCAUAUAAUAUCAGGUUCCACUUGGAACAACAUGAGUGUGAAGGAGCGGUCAAGUACACGAUUCAGUCACCUGACAAGAAUGAAACUGGUUACAUCUGCAAUGAGGGGUUUGAAGAAGAUGAUGUYGCACUUUUGUGCAAAAGCAUUCCUGGCUGYGGGGAGACSGGAAAAAAGGUGACAUCUCAGUGGAUGAGGACUAAAGAAUUCAUGCGUUCGCCUCAGGGGGCAUUCAAAAAAAUAAAGUGUGCAGGCAUUCAGAACAUUGAACAUCUGUGGCAGUGCAUAGAAUCACAUCCCUCAAAAUGCAGUUUGCCUGCAGCGGUCAGUUGUACAGACCACAAAAGAUUGCAGCUGAUAGGAAACACUUCAAAUGUUUGCUCUGGGCAACUGCAAGAGGAGGAGGAGGAGGAAGGCAAGUGGAAAAHCCCCACAAAUGAAACGAUUCCUGACUUGUGUAAGAAACUGCACUGCGGUGCCUCUCAACAGAACGMCACAAACAACCAAGUGCACUGCACAGAAAAAGUGAAAGUCGUUCUGACAGAUGACAAAGACAGAGAAACCAAGUGUUAUGGUUACGUCAAAAUACAAAAGAAUAAUCAUAAAAAUCAUGUUUGUGGUGAUGACUGGACUGAGAAAGAAUCUGAAAUGGUCUGCAAAGAACUGAAUUGUGGGAAGGUGAUUAAGAAGGAGUUGAAAACCAUAAACAUAGAAGAUGGAAUAAUGAACCAUGUGAAGUGCACAGGCAGUGAGUCCUCCCUGUGGUACUGCAGAGCCGAACAUCGCAGUCAAGUGUGCACAUCUGCUCCCUACGUUGUCUGUCAAGGUAGUCAAGAGGUCAGACUGCAGGAUGGCCCUGGAAAGUGUGCUGGUAGAUUGGAAGUUAAGGAUGAAGGCCAGUGGAAAAGGGUCAGUAARGAAAACUGGGAUGGCAGUUAUACAAAACGCGCCUGCAAGCAGUUGGACUGUGGGGAUGACGGAAUAAACAAAUCCGAUUCUGAUGAAUUCAGCCAGGGAACUGGUGAAAUGCUGACCUUCAGCUGUAAACAGGCUGAUAAAAACCUGACUGACUGUACAGCCACUAAGACCAACAAUCAAAAUAGGAAUGAGAAAGCAGUGCUGCUAAUUUGCAAUGAAAACAAGUUGCUAUUUCUGGAUGGACCCCAAUCAUGUUCUGGCAAUGUGGCGAUCGAGUACAAAGAAGAACUCUAUUAUCUCUCAGGGUCAAGCGAAACAUGGAACAAAGAGUUAGCCAACAAAGUGUGCCAGCAGAUGCACUGUGAGAACGCGAUAAGAAUCAACCAGAGCGCUCCCGGAGACAAGAAACGCUUGUGGAACGAGUCAUUUAGCUGCUCAUCUGAUCAGAAGUCAAUCUUUGACUGCAACAAAGCACAAAUUAACUCAAAUAAUCCAGCUAUUGCUUAUGUGGAAUGUGAAGGACAUAUUACAGUGACUUUGCAGCACAAGUGCUGGGGAAUGGUCAGCAUUUCUACAGGAAAUGAGACCGGUUAUGUAAGUGGAGAGCACUGGUCAGAUACGCUGUCCAAGGAGCUGUGUAAAGAACUCGGCUGUGGGACUGAGAUUCUAAAACCCAUAAGAAAGCCUGAUACAAGCGGUGAAAUUAAGUUCAAAAGUCUAUUUAAAAUGAAGAAUAGCAUCAAUAUGAGGCAGUAUAGCAUUGUUAAAAUGGAGAUGAAUCCAGAAUCCACAAGGAAUCCAGAAUCCAUAAGGAAUCCAGAAUCCAUAAGGAAUCCAGAAUCAAGGAAACCUGCCUAUGUUGUUUGUAAAGGCAGCGUUAAGCCAAGAUUUAAUGAUAUGGAUAAUCAGCGUCACAAAUGUUCUGGAAACGUUGAGGUGUCUUAYGAAGGCCAAUGGUUACCAGUGAGCAAAAAGACUCUCGACGACAAGRAAACUCAAAAGUCCAUCUGUGCGGAGCUGCAAUGCGGCGACGGUCUGGACACAAAGGCCUACUUUGGGCCUAGACCAACAGUAAAUCAUGUUGUCACAAUUCAGGAAUGUUCACAAAACACAAUAGCCGAAUGUAAAGUUGUCACAACUGGAAGCAACAGCCAGACUUCAGACCUUGGAGGCCUCCGCUGCUCCAACUGGAAGACUUUGGCAUUGGAAGUGGAGGACGUCUGUAAAGGAGACCUGGUUGUUUACUCCAACAAGGAAUCUGAGCCCAAAAGAAAAUUUGUCUCCAGUCAAGAUUUGACACAAGACGAGGGGCAGAAGAUCUGUGAUGCUAUGAAGUGYGGGAAGUACAUGAAAUACACAAACACAACUGAACUCAUCAAGGCUGACAAUUGGUAUAAAGGAAUUUUUAAAUGCAAUAAUGCUAAAAAUAUCUGGGAUUGUGAGACACAGAAACAGCAACGAGAUCAGAAWGAAACAGCAAAACUCUUCAUUGAAUGCGAAGGUAAACCAAAUGUUAAGCUUUCAGCGAGUGGAGAACUGUCMAUAGAUGGUGUUUCGGUCUGCAGCAGUCACUGGAAAGAGGAAUAUUCACACAUGGUUUGCCAAGAGCGGGGAGAAGGUAAUGCCAUUCCUAAUCUGAUCAAAAACGCAGAUAAACCUCCUAAGGUUUCCUACCACAUCCACUGCGAGAAGCACAAUUACCUCAUUGGUCAGUGCCAACGAACCAAAGGGACGUGCAACGAAGGGCCCGUAUCUAUCUACUGCAGCCGUGUUGACAUGAACUUUGACACAACAGAGAAGUGUGGUGGUGUGCUACGUAUUAAAUAUCAGAAAACCUCAGAAAAAAGGGUGGAAGUGUGUCGAUCUAACAUUCCAGAAGCGUUAUCAAAUAAGCUGUGCAAAGAAUUAAAUUGUAGUAAAUUUAAAGGAAACCAGAAAAGAGACAUUAAGCAGACCAAAGUGGAACAUAGUCUCGACUGCGGCAGCUCCUACAAAGACCUGCGCUACUGUGUCUUAAAGGAGACCUGUCAAAAUCCUACUUCCUUUUUGUGUGAAGGUUACACGCCGCCAUCAGCACCACCUCCCCAAGCAGGACCAACAGAUCCAGUUCCUAUUAUUGUUGGAGUGCUAAUUGUUAUUAUCCUGGUUGCAUUGAUUGUGAUAUUUGUGCGAUACCGCAUUAAGAGGAGAAACAGGAAACCCGUGAUGCCAUCAGCAGAUAUGGAAGAAGCAGACUGGGAUAGUGGAGAGUAUGAAGACGUCRACAAAUCAGAUGAAAURGGAAGCUUCAAUCGUGGCAGAUUCAGAUCYGAYUCAGAYGUGGAGAAGGAGAGAGAUGUGGAGAGCAACAGGUCCUACAACUACGACGACGUGGAUGAGGUGACCGAGGCUCAGCCUCUCACACCUCAGGGCUCCGUGGUCCGAGCCGCUAAAGACCAAGACCUGCAGGACGGGGUUGAUAAGCCAAGCGAUGACGGUGUGACCUACGAAGUGGAAGACUCACAGGAAAACUACGACGACAUCGAUGCCAGCCCUGAGAACGCCAAAACCACGGCUGAAGUCCAUGACGGGCCCAAGCCUGCGCCCGAUGGCGAUGAAGAGGGACCUAAAGACCAGUUCCAGAAAAAUGAAGACUUUUUUCAGGACGGGUGAGCCUGAACUGGGUGAAAAUUCAAAUCAAACAGAAUUCUGGUCAAAGACAAAAAGGAUGACCCCAAAAAUCUGUCUUCAGUUUAACAUGAAAACUAACAAUAAUGCAGAAUGUUGWAAAGCUGAAGGUAUUUCUGGGAAGAAUUAUAGACAAACUGAAACUUUUGUAUCUUCAAAUUAUGUAUAUCAUACCAGAAGUUGCAAAACUGAUUAGUUUAAUAACUUACAUUAGAGCUUUAUUUACAAUAAAGUAUUAGAGCCAGGCUAARAUGUUUUUAAAGUCAGUAUAAAGUAUUAUUAUUAUUACCAGAAUAAAGUCAUAAUAGUGGGAAAAUGAAGCAGUAAUUUUAUGAAAACUUAUACACCAAAAAUAAUAAGUUAAAAUUAAAAAUGUUGCACAUCUUGUGAAGUUAUGCUUUGGCAUUGGUUUUACAAAUAAGGAAAUAUUUCCUCUUUUAACACAUCACCGAACUAGCUGAGCUGAACGCAUGACUAGCUGACCGCAUCAUAACUCAUUAAACAUUUAUCUCAUAAUGAUUUUAUUCUCAUAACA